AUGACAACGGGUGAGCAUGUUCACGUGCGUGCAUACCUGCAUGCAUUGUUCGGUCGGCACUGCGACAAGGCGACAUACCAAGAAGCGGAAAACGCUCUGCUCGCGCAGCUAGAAGAAUCGCGCGAUGCCGACGAUGAAGCAUGCACGGCCUUGCACGAUAUUUUACGUGUGCAGGUUGACCGUGUUCUUCAUCAGCGUAUGUCUGACUCAGAACUCGAUGCAGCUGCCCUCGCUCUCAUGCUCCGUCACCGCGACGAUACCCUAGCACAGUCUACACCAGUGUCGCAGGUGCUAUCGUGUUCUACACCAUCGUCCCCAUGUUCUUCGUCGCUUUAUACCCCCGCGUCGACAGCGGCGACAAGCACGGCCACGGCGGCAACGCCUCAGAUCCAUGCACAUGUGCCUGAAUUUCGCCCACGAGGCGCCCUUCCGGUAGCAUAUGCUGUGCCUUCGUCUUCAGCUGCCACAGCACAUCCUGUCGUGACUACCACGGACGCAGUCGUCGCGCCUGAACUCCAUGACGAUGAUGAUGACGAGUUUUCUCCAUUUGCCCGCAGCGGUAAUGGCGAUGCUACGAGUAAUAUGAUGAUGUAUGGCCCAUCAGCUGCUGAUAUCUAUGCGGGCGUCGCUGCGGCAGAUGCAGGCUUGCAUCCACUGGACUCGCCCCCCGACAUAAGCACGUUGUCGCUCCAGGUUGAGGCGAGCGCACCAAUGCUGACGCCACUUGAGGUAUUUUGCAGCGUCUUUCUUGCGCAUAAUCAAGGCCUCUUUAUCAACGAAGCUGAUCCUGCGGUCCGGCUUGAGCAGACGUCGCGCCUGAUCCAGCAUGCGUUGGAGUGCAGUCACUACGAUGUGAGCGCAGCUCUGCAAGUAGUCAAAGAGGCGCAUGAGGCGGGACGGGAUCUCAUGGCCAUGGAGCCGCCAACCUCCUCAGGAAUCGACGACACAACGACGCGUGUGUGUCGCUUCUUCCUUGCAGGCGAGUGUCGCCGGAGUGACUGCCGCUUCUCACACGAUCUCAACAAGGCACUGUGCCGCUUCUGGCUCCGUGGCCAGUGCUUGAAUGAUCCAUGCUACUUCCUCCAUGACUAUGACGCAUUGUCCAUGCUUGCUCAGAGCCUCGUCAUUGCACCAACCCCGCCCGCGCCCUUCCAGGACUUGGAGCAGGAGCAGGAGGGCGCGUGGAUCGAGCGACCGAAACUCGAUGCGUCACAAACGCCGUGGGCUGUCGCUGCGAAACAUGCACCGACCAAGUCGACAACGUCGGCUAUUUCAACUGCCGUGGCGCCCACUUUCUCCAGCACCAAGCAGGCAAGAGCGGCCACGGCCCCGCGACCUGUACAGAGUCACCGCAUCCCGCUACGACCGCCUUCGCUUCUGCCGACCUUGUCGACGGGUAGUGCUUUGGCCAUCGAUACCGGCAAGAUCCGUGCGGCACAACCCAAGAACCAAGAUGCCUGGAAAACCACGCUGGCCGUGUUGCAUGCGCGUCAUGAGCGCUUGCGCGAGCGGCUCCAGGUCGGUGCUGGCGGCGAUGCCGGCGGUUGGGGCGCAAGCGCACAAGCGAGCCAGGAACGAGGUGCUCGCGGCCUGCGUGGCCGAUGGAUAGGCUCUGCGUUGGGUCUCUGCUUGGGUGUGGCAAAGCCGCAGGUCGCUGGCUCGUCCCUCUCGAUGGACGAGCGGACUGAGGCUGUGUUGGACCUGCAUGGUUUGCACGUUAGCGAGGCUCUGGAUACAUGCGAGCAGUUUCUUCUCGCGCUAGAGUCCGAGGGAUUCCGAGGUCUCGCCUAUGUGUGUGUGGGAGCAGGCAAGCAUAGCGUGCGCUCGCGAGGCAAGCUAGCAGGAAGUAUACGGGACUUUUUGAUCGAGUGGGAAUAUCCCUACGCCGACUAUGAUGGCAUUCUAGCCUGCGAUCCAUGUACACAUAAAUGA